AUGGCAAUCACAACCUCCAGCGAGAAUAAGACUUUGAAAUUAGACCUGGCACACUGCAGAUUGCUCUUGUCCACCAAUGUCUACCGUGACAUUUUGACACCGUUACAUGUCCCAAACACCACGUCGCAUCUUGACCCGGACACCACACAGCACAUCCAUCCCCUGCCUGGCGCCAACGAUGACCCUCCUCCCGCUGCUGCACUGCCGAAGGGGUCAGCCUGGAACACGGAUCUACGAACCGAACCACCGUCCAUCAAUGUCAGGGCAGCCUGGAGUACAAAGAAAGGCUGUUGGAACGUUGAACAAGGCUGGCGCACUCGGGAAGAACCACACACGCUUCCGUCAGGCUACGAGAAGGUCGCCGAGGCCGUCUACAGCGUCUACCCCAAGAAGGACAUGUCCGACUCCGCCCAGACCGCCGUCAACCUCGGCUCUGGUCUUAUUGCCGGUUUCGCCGCUGCCAUCGUCUUCCAGCCCGCUGAUACCAUGCUCUCCAAGACGUAG